GGUGUCAGACAAGGUGAAGGAUCACCUGGCCGACCCCCUGGGCGUCCAAUGCGCCAACUGGAAUUUAAUCAGGUAUUAAAAUAGCAUAUUUCUUAUUGCAAUGUUUAUUUAUAAUAUGAUUUACAGUAUUUCGAUAUGAAAUAUCUACAUUUAAACAAAAUCAUAUCAGUAUAAUAUAUAAUUUAAUCAAUGAAAUUCUGUUAUUUAGUUUGAUUGUUCAAUUUUGUAUCAAUUAAUUAAAUAUUCUAUUUCAAUCAAGGCUAUGUCAGACUUUCGUCACAUGUUUCCUGAGACAGAUGAGGAAGUCAUUGAAGCAGUGCUGAGGGCAAACAAUGGAAUGGUGGAUGCCACAAUAGACCAGCUUCUGACGAUGAACAUUGAUGCUGAGAUUAAUGAGGACGAUGAUUUACCUGACCAUAUCUUGUUGUCGGUUGAAAAAGAUGUGUUGCAACAGCAGCAGUCACAACAUCUUCAGCCACAAACUUCCUUCAGACGAUCUGGCAUUCGAUCAAGCAAGGUUUGCUGAUUUAAAUACAAAUUCACGUCAACCAACCAAAUUACUUAAAAUUACAAAACACUUCACAUAAUUAAUUUAUAUUGUCCUUUGCAAUGAUUUUAAAUACACAAUUCAAUUGAAAUGAAAAUUUGAGGAGUGAAAAUCUUUACUGCCACUGUUAUUGAAUUUAACUUGCCAGAAGAGACUUGGCGUGAUGUUUUAUUUUCUACCUCUCGAGAAGAGUUGUGUUGCUAAUUUAGAAAUCGACAAUAAUAUUAUUUAGAUGUAUAUCUUUGAGAAGUAUAUGAGCAAUGUUAUUCUUGGAGGAUUUCUUUAAAUUAGAACUGAACACAGUAAGAGUAUUUUUUGUUAAAUUUGGCAAGUUAAGUUCAAUGACAGCAGUGGAUUCAUGAUACUGAAGAUACUUUUUGUGAGAGCUUCCCAUCUGGCCACUAGAUGAAAAUGAAGAUUUUUUUUUUUUAAUUUAAUUUUUUUUUUUAGAAAGGCCCUCCAAUUGAAGCUCAAGAGAAAUCAUCUAAAGAUACUGAAGAUUGUCCUCCAUCAUACACAGAAGCUGUUCAGUCUCAUCUGGCUCAACAUCACCGUAGUAGUAACACCCGUAUUCGGCAUCGCAACUCUCCCACAAUGGCUAUCAACAACAAUAAUGGACUGCAUUCACGCCACUCACUAAGUACAAUGCAACAUUUAUUGGAUCUAGGCCCUGAUACAGCACCGUUAGCCAGCAGUGGUGUGACUGGUCCAGGCAGCACUGGGGUUACAAGUAAAUCUCACCAUAGCCACCAUCACUCCAUUCACCACCACAGCUACCACCACAAUGUCCCUCGAUCUUCAAACCACCAUCGCAGAAGAGGAGACGCUCUUGAUGGAUCCCCACACAAGCCUCGACCAGGCCGAAAUUUACUAGCAUCAUCCUCUAUUGCAUCUCACCAAGAUCUAGUCACAGAGGAUUUUAGUUUUAGACCACAGAGAAAAGGAUCUUUAGAUAGUAAUGACUUUACCAUGGAUAAUGGACAGGGAUUGGGAAGAGAGAAAAGUCCUCAUCGAUGGAGAUCAUCCCCUCGAGAUGUAAGUUUGAAUUUUUUCAGCUUUUUAAAUUAUUAUCUUGACCCAGUUAUGAAGACAAUUGAAAAACAACCAUUUCUAUUUUUUAAAUUUUAAUUGAAAGUGAUUUUAAAGUAAAGAAGAUGUUCCAUCCAUUUCAAGCAAUUGUUCUUAAGCAGUUAAGAUGAUGUUGGAAAGUAUAUUUUCGGUAUCCAUCUGUCACCAAAAGUUAAUGUUGUAAUUCGGCUAGAAGUGUCGCUGGUAAAUCUACAAAGCCUGAUUGGAGUGGAUUUUAAUGGAGAAAAAACCUGGUUCCCAGUCAGCAUACAGCUGGUGAAACUUAAAGAAAUUCAUUUUUAACACAUAAAUAAGUUUUAAAAAUUAACUAUUAUUGUAUAAUUUUCAAUUUCUGUUGUUUCAAGAAGUCUGUGUACUUAAAGUUAGAAUAAUUAUGAAAAAAUAAUUACCUUCAGUCAACCAGUGUAAAAAGGCCAGUGUAUAGAAACUGGAAUCCACCUCUGCUCGGCACUUUACCCGAUGACUUCCUUCGGAUAACCAAAGUCCCAACCGUACCACAGAGACCUGUCAAGUCAGGAGUUCAUUUACAAAGGUCAUUUAUUUGUAAAAACUUUAAAUCACAUUUUUCUUAAGCCUUGAUUAAAACCAUUCUAAUUUGGAAAAAAUUUAUGCGAAAAACCGUUGAGUUAUUCCCCAGUGGUCCAUGGGUCAAAUGCAAAUUGCUGCUACCGCUUCUUAAUCGAUUUCUGGCUUUCUUUUCAUUUAUGAUUAUGAUUUAACUAGGUAUACUCCUACUGGUACUGGUUUAUAUAGCAGUUUAAACCUUAAAAAGUGGUGAUGAAAAUUAUAUUACAUCGCUGCUUAAACAAAGAUAGAUUUUCUGUGAAACUUGUUUGAUGGCGAGGGUCAUUGUUAAUGAACAGAAUGUGUAAAGUCUAGCUUGGAUAUUGAAGGAAAGCAUUUAUUAUAGUAAUUAUUGAAUUUUUAAAACAUAGUUACUGUUAAUGAGUAAAGAUCCUCACAUUGUCACUAUAAACACGUAGUUACUGUAAAUGAGUAAAGAUGCUCACAUUGUCACUAUAAACACAUAGUUACUGUAAAUGAGUAAAGAUGCUCACAUUGUCACUAUAAACACAUAGUUACUGUAAAUGAGUAAAGAUGCUCACAUUGUCACUAUAAACACAUAGUUACUGUAAAUGAGUAAAGAUGCUCACAUUGUCACUAUAAACACAUAGUUACUGUAAAUGAGUAAAGAUGCUCACAUUGUCACUAUAAACACAUAGUUACUGUAAAUGAGUAAAGAUGCUCACAUUGUCACUAUAAACACAUAGUUACUGUAAAUGAAUAAAGAUGCUCACAUUGUCACUAUAAACACAUAGUUACUGUAAAUGAGUAAAGAUGCUCACAUUGUCACUAUAAACACAUAGUUACUGUAAAUGAAUAAAGAUGCUCACAUUGUCACUAUAACACGUAGUUACUGUAAAUGAAUAAAGAUGCUCACAUUGUCACUAUAACACGUAGUUACUGUAAAUGAGUAAAGAUGCUCACAUUGUCACUAUAAACACAUUAGUUACUGUAAAUGAGUAAAGAUGCUCACAUUGUCACUAUAAACACAUUAGUUACUGUAAAUGAGUAAAGAUGCUCAUAGUUACUGUAAAUGAGUAAAGAUGCUCACAUUGUCACUAUAAACACAUUAGUUACUGUAAAUGAGUAAAGAUGCUCACAUUGUCACUAUAAACACAUUAGUUACUGUAAAUGAGUAAAGAUGCUCACAUUGUCACUAUAACAAGUAGUUACUGUAAAUGAGUAAAGAUGCUCACAUUGUCACUAUAAACACAUUAGUUACUGUAAAUGAGUAAAGAUGCUCACAUUGUCACUAUAAACACAUUAGUUACUGUAAAUGAGUAAAGAUGCUCACAUUGUCACUAUAAACAAGAGCAUGUUCAGCAUAAUACAUAAUUUCUAAAAGAGUCAAUUUAUUCUUAUGAUACAAUAUUAUAAAAUGUCAAGUAAACAGAUUUAAUUAUAAAAACUUAUAUUUGAACAAUCAAAACAAGAAAAUUCUUUUUAAAAAAAAUUUUGGGGUCAUUUUUCAGAACCAUGUCAGCAGUGGGUCCAGAGCGCCCAUGUGUGUAUCCCACUUCCACCUCCCCAUCCCUCUCUAAUGCAGAGUCUGCCCAUAAUCAAGUACCAAAACUGAAGUCAUCACAAAAACCUCAUCGCUCUCUUUCCUUUGCUGGACAUACUGGUCAGGUGAAACGACAACAAAAUGUGCAUCCAUCUGUAAGAAAGUAGUUUCUUUUUUAGUUAUUUGUAGAGUUUCAAAUUUAGUUGGAUAGCUUAAAUUUCUGAGGUAUGAGUGUAAAACUAUUUUCAUAGAAAUCCAAUUUUAAACUGCUUACGCCAGUAGGAAUCUUUCUUAAAAACCAGACGAACGCAAUAAAUAAAACCACUUAGAAAUAUGUAUAUUUGAAUUAUAUAAUUAGCUUAUAUCUUAUUAGUUAUAGACUCCAAGUGUGACUCAUCUACGAGAUAUUGUGUAUGACUCACCAAUCUCUGCCUAUAGGAAUAGGGGACGAAUAAAUGGUGUGAGAUGCAUUGGAAAGUGAUGGAACCCUUGACUUUGAAAAAGAGAAAAGCCCUACUUGCCUACAAAGAUCAAGCCUUGUGCUGGUACACUACAGGUUAUCAGGACUGCAAAGAAAAUAUCCAAGCAGACUGCCUGCCACUGUGCCAACACUUACUGGUUGGACCUUUGCCACUGCAUACAAUUGCUCCCAACAACGUGCAUGUGAGAGGCAUCAAUAGGGCAUUAGGUACACAAACUUCAAAAUUCGCACCCCUUUAGUCCAAGUCAGGUCAAGUUAUCAUGAACCCAAACGAUCAACAUUAUCUUGAACUAUACACAACAAAGAAUGUAGUCUCUGAGACCGCACUGGAUGUAUCCCCUUCUUGUCAGUAAUAGAAGAACUAGUUGAAAAGACAUCUUUGCAGGAGCUUGAAAAACCAAUUGAUUACCUUGCUGAUGGGAAGGCCCCAGAGAUUGAUGGGCAGCAUGUUAUCCACUCUUUGAAAGAGGCACUAUUGCUGGAGAGAAUGGAGGUAGGCCGUGUUCCAAAGAAUCUGCUGUAUGGAGAGGAUGCAAGACUUAUUGGAAGGCCAAGGUUGCGCUUUAAGGACAUUUGCAAUUGCAAAAGGAACAUAAGGAAAGUCAACAAAAUAAUCUGUGAAUGGGAGAUCGUUGCUGAUCAUCGUCCCAGUUGGCAAACAGCAGUGAAUGAGAGAUUCAAACAGGCUGAAAAUGUGCGAAACAAAGCCCUUGCAACAAAAAAGAGCAUUAUGGAAGGCCAAAAUAAACCUUCCGUCAAGGUUCUACUGUGAAAAUGGCAGCUGAGACUGCCAUUUGAGGAUCAGCCUUCUAAACUAUUCGAUGAAGUGUCAAUAAUCUGGAAGAUGGAAGGAUACUAUAUAUAUAUAUAGUUAAAAAAUAAUUGCAGCCACAGAAUGGCCAAUAAUUUUUAAAUGAGCAUAAUUUAAACUCACACCUUUUAGUUUUGAAUUUUAUUGUUUAAGUGUUAUUUUAUCUUUAUCAGGGUUUGGCCCAGCAUGAAUUUAGCUCUGACAUCCUGCAAGAGAGAAUGAAAGAGAAUGAACGUCGUCGUCGCAUGACUUCCGUAGAUGUUGACCCUGACCUGACCCAGUACCUGGAGGAUGAGAGACUGGCCAUCAUGUUACAGAACAGUGAAUUUUUACAGGAGUUGAGAGGAGAUAGGAUUUUCAUGAUGACUUUAGAGAGAGGUAAAAACUUUACUUUGAUUUUUUGUUGGUACUUGUUGAUAACACAUAUGGUGAUUCUUUUAUAUAAUGGUGGUAGCUGUAAAAAGUUUAAGUAUAGCAUGUUUAAAAUUAUUGUUUUAUGGAAACAUAAAAUGCAUUUAUCAUAGUAAUACUUAUUAUGUCACUUUAAUUAAUUGUCGAUUUACAGUUUUAUGUUUUUUUUCUCUAACAAAUGAAUAGAAAUGUGUUCCUCUGUAAUCUCCUUUAAAGAAAUGGAUUUUAUUCAAUCUUAAAAUACAGUUUUUACCUUCAAAAUUUGAAGAAGAAAAAAAAGAGAUAUAUUUUGUUCUCCAAUUUUUGUUGUAAAAAAUUUAUUGCAAUUUAAUAAUUAUCUAUUCCCCUUUUUCAGAUCAAAAGAGUAAUGAAGGGGACAGAACCAAACAGGAGCAAGUCCCAGAUCCUUCCUGUAUAGACCAAGAGAAUAGAGAUUUUAUAGGUUAGUUUUUUUCCAUUACAAAAAAUCAAUCUAAGACUUCAACUGGGACCAUAAAAUUAAGUAAAAAUUUGAUAAAAUCCUCUUAAAAACAUCCAGGGCUCUAUAACCAUAAAACAAUUUACAUUUAACAUCUGGAUACCUUUGUGAUAUUCUAAAGUCACUGAGUUGCUGACAAAGUGUUUUUUUUUAUUCACAGUCACAAAUGCAGAUUAUCAAUAAUUUUAUUAAUGGAUUUGGAUACUUUUUGCUGAUAAAGCUCAGCAAAAAUUUCAGAUUAUUAUCUUUUAGAACUUUCUGAUAGUGGAUUUAUUUUUGUUUAUUUACAGAAGGCUAUGGUGAUGAUCGCAGAGAUACACUAGAGGCAUUUCCCUUCAGUCAGCAGUUGCCACCCCCUGUUAGUGAAGAUGUGGAACUUCGAAAGAAGUUAAAAAACAUGGGCAAAGGUAGGAGGAUGCUGAAAAAUAUGAGAAAAUUUUUUUUAGAUGGGCUGCAGAGCAAUAGCCAUGGAUGUUUCUUCAUGAUACCAGGGUCCAUUGAAUGGAGGUUUUUACAGUAUUAUAAACCCUUGGGGCUUACCAAUUAUGAGCUCUGAAAGAUUUGUAAAAACAACUAAACCAUUCAGAUUUGAACAGUUUUGAGUCCUUUUAAAAAAAAAAAUAUUUCCUGACUUAAAUAUUGAUGUAGAAAUUAAAAUACAAAAAUGAAACGCUGAAAUUACCAUGACUUAAAAGUAUCGGCAGCCAACCGAUGGGCCUGUUGAGCCGAUCUCAGAAAGAAGAAAGGGGGGGGGGGGAAACAACAGGCGUGAGUUUUUAAUUAGUUGUAUAUUUUUGUUUAGCCUCCAGAAGGCAGUUUGCAGCAUUAGCAAGAAGAUUUUUCCUGAAGAGAAAAAAGAAAUCUGCCCAGCAAAUG